AUGAAAUUCGGCAAGUAUUUGGAAGCCAGACAGUUAGAAUUGGCGGAGUACAACAGCCAUUUUAUUGAUUAUAAGGCUUUAAAGAAACUUAUUAAACAAUUGGCUAUUCCUACUUUAAAGGCUAGUUCAGAUUUAGAUUUACAUUUGACGUUAGAUGACAUUGACGAAAAAAUUAUACAUCAGAGACUGCAAGAAAACAAAGCUGCCUUUUUUUUUAAACUAGAAAGGGAACUGGAAAAAGUCAAUGGAUAUUAUUUGGCAAGAGAGUCCGAUUUAAGGAUAAAAUUUAAUAUUUUACAUUCAAAAUAUAAAGAUUAUAAAUCAAAUGGUAAACUGAAUUCAAACCAAGCUACCUCAUUCAAAAACUUAUAUGCGGCUUUCAAAAAGUUUCAAAAAGAUCUUAGAAAUUUGGAGCAAUAUGUUGAGUUAAAUAAGACCGGAUUUUCAAAAGCUCUAAAAAAAUGGGACAAGAGAUCUCAAUCUCAUGACAAAGAUUUUUAUCUUGCUACUGUUGUUUCCAUUCAACCAAUUUUCACAAGAGAUGGGCCACUAAAACUAAAUGAUGAAACUUUGCAUAUUCUUUUAGAGUUGAAUGAUAUUGAUAACAACAACAGAAGGGCAGACCUACAAUCCAGUACGUUUACUAAUGAAGAGGACGAUAGUAAUAGCAGUAACAAUAAUAAUAAUAAUAAUAAUAAUAAUAAUAAUAAUAAUAAUGAUAACAACAACAACAACAACAACAACAACAACAACAACAACAACAACAACAACAACAACAACAACAAUAAUAAUAAUAAUAAUAAUAACAAUAACACCUUGCGCAAGAAUUAUGAAUUGGCAACGGUAAGGAAUUCCGAAAACCAACUUGAACAACUUUUCCAAGUAUCCUCCUCUUCUUUGGAUGUGGAGAUGGAAAUUGAAAACUGGUACAAGGAGAUUUUGAAUAUAGCAACGGUGAAAGAUAUUCAGAGAAAACAUGCAUUAUUAAGGAAUUUUACAGAAACCAAGAUAUUUACAUACCUACUACAAAAUUCUUCAGAAUCUUUUCAUAAAAAUGUGUUCUCUUUAUUGAAAGAAUGCCUAACGACGCUAUUUUUAUUGCUGGUGGCUAGUCCUUUAGACGAUAAUUCUCUGCAUAUUUUUUACAAAAGCAAUCAAGAUCAUAUUGAUCUGUCAUAUUGUGAUGAAGAUGAUCAAGUGUUUUCACGAAAAAACGUAUUUCAUGAAGCUGCAAGUUGUCCAGAAAAAUCACGCUUAUUCAUUCUUGAUGAAGCCUUAACAACAUCAAAAUUAUCUAAAGAAACAGUACAGAAGUUACUAAAUGCUCGAGAUAUACAUGCCAGGGUGCCGCUACAUUAUGCUGCAGAGCUAGGAAAACUGGAAUUUGUUCAUUCGUUGCUGAUCACUAAUCUUUUAGAGGACGUUGAUCCUAUUGAUAGUGAUUCUAAGACACCCUUGGUUUUGGCAAUCACGAACAACCAUAUAGAUGUUGUUAGGGAUUUACUAACCAUUGGUGGCGCAAACGCAUCGCCCAUUGAAAAGCCAGUUUUGGAUUAUAGUAAGAAUGUAAUUAGCUCUACUAAAGUCCAAUUCGAUCCAUUAAAUGUCGCUUGCAAAUAUAAUAAUCAUGAUGCUGCCAAGUUACUUUUAGAAAUUCGGAGUAAGCAAAAUGCUGAUAAUGCCAAAAACGAAAGCUCACAGCAUUUAUGUCAGCCGCUUUUCAAAAAGAACUCAACAGGGUUAUGCACUCUUCAUAUAGUGGCCAAGAUUGGCGGCGAUCCACAAUUGAUUCAAUUAUUGAUACGUUAUGGGGCAGAUCCCAAUGAGAUUGAUGGAUUCAACAAAUGGACACCCAUUUUCUACGCUGUUCGCUCAGGUCAUUCUGAAGUUAUUAGUGAAUUAUUGAAGCAUAACGCUCGUCUAGACAUUGAAGAUGACAACGGGCAUUCCCCACUCUUUUACGCCUUAUGGGAAAGUCACGUUAAUGUUUUGAAUGCACUUUUACAAAGACCGAUAAGCUUGUCAUCUGUAUCUCUAAAUGAAGCAAACUCACAGUCUAGUACACAACGUCUUAAUACAAUAGAUCUAACCCCAAAUGAUGACAAAUUUGAUUCAGACAUUCAAGAUAGCAUUCCUGAUUUUGCUUUACCACCACCAAUUAUUCCACUUAGAAAAUAUGGUCACAAUUUUUUGGAGAGAAAAAUUUUCAUUAAAUUAAAAUUAAGGCCAGGCCUCGAGUCUAUCAAACUAACUCAGGAUAACGGCAUCAUUAUGUCAUCAUCACCAGGCAGAAUUACUUUAUCUUCUAACUUACCUGAAAUAAUACCGCGUAAUGUUAUUUUACCUGUUAGGUCUGGCGAAAUCAAUAACUUUUGUAAAGAUAUCAGCGAAACGAAUGAUGAAGAAGAUGAUGAUGAGAUUAGUGAAGACCAUGAUGAUGGUGAGAUAAUUUUCCAAGUAGAUUCCAUCGACGAUUUUUCAAUGGAUUUCGAGAUAUUUCCUUCAUUUGGCACAAGGAUAAUUGCCAAGACAACAGCAAUGCCAUUCCUUUUCAAGAAAGCGGCAAUAAAUAGUAUCACAACCAUGAAUUUGCCCUUAUUCGAUACAAGAUUAAACAAUAUUGGUUCUCUCACUUUGGAUUAUCAGAUUAUUUUUCCGUAUCCAGGAAACCCACUGAAAAUCAUAAAGUAUGAGCCAUACUGGAAAUCUACAGGAAGUGAUUUAAUGACCUCUAGCAAAGACGGCAACUUUGUAACUUCGUCGUCUUUGAAUGGAAGUUUUAUCAGCGUAUUAGUCUGUACUCUGAAUGAUGAAACAAUAGUGGCUGCGCCAAAACCGUACAUUGAAUUCAAGGGCACGAAGAUUCCGUUAAAUGAUCUAACGAAAGCACAGUUAGAAAAAGUAGUGGACUAUGAUUUUGGUAAAAUUGAUGGAAGCUUCGAUGAAGUAACAUUGAAACAAUACUUAUCUUCGAGGGUAGUUCCUUUAAGAAGCUUAUUAGAAGUUAUUCCUGGGUCAGUGCAGCUGGUAAUUCGCGUCUAUUUUCCAACAGAUAGAGAAGUUGAUACAAUUCCCAUCAAAAUAUCGCCAUUUAUAAAUAUCAAUCAGUUCAUUGAUAAACUAUUACUAAUCAUUUUCGAGCAUGAACGAUUUUUGCGCCACAACGGGAGUGGCAGUAUGCGUCAAAUAGUUUUCAGCUCAUGCAAUUGGGAAGCUUGUUCGAUCCUCAACUGGAAACAGCCCAAUUUUCCAGUUUUGUUGCAAAUGAAAAACCUACUCAGGGAUUCAACUACCGGAAGAUUUAUAAGUGAUACUCCUAAUUGUUUGAAAGAACUAGCUGUGAAUCCACAAAAGAUGUCGUAUUUAAACACAGAACCAAUAAAUAUACAUACAAUGGUUCAAUUUGCCAUGAACAAUAAUUUGUUAGGUGUGACGCUGCCAUAUGAAGUAUUGAAGAUAUGCCCGUCAUUGGCCAGGAUCAUCAAACAAAACGGACUAUUAUUGAUUGCCUCGGUCGGCGAAAAUGAGCAAAUGCCAACUGAUGGAGGUUACAGUGGGCUCUACUACGCUUGUGAGUUACUUUUUGAGAAUAAUAUUGAUAUGUGA